AUGUUUAUAAUUAACAUCCUAAUACUCAUACUCCCUAUUCUUCUAGCCGUAGCAUUCUUAACAUUAGUAGAACGUAAAAUCCUAGGUUACAUGCAACUCCGAAAAGGACCAAACAUCGUAGGCCCACAUGGCUUACUCCAACCAUUUGCUGAUGCAAUUAAACUAUUUACCAAAGAACCUUUACGACCAGCUACAUCCUCUACAACUAUAUUCAUCAUUGCACCAAUUCUUGCUCUUACCCUAGCCCUCACAAUAUGAUGUCCACUACCCAUACCACACCCUCUUCUCAACAUAAACUUAGGAGUACUAUUUAUACUAGCAAUAUCUAGUCUAGCUGUCUACUCCAUCCUAUGAUCAGGCUGAGCCUCUAAUUCAAAAUACGCAUUAAUCGGUGCCCUCCGAGCAGUAGCACAAACAAUUUCAUAUGAAGUAACACUAGCUAUUAUUCUCCUAUCAGUACUUCUAAUAAAUGGCUCCUUCACCCUAUCCACACUAAUCACAACACAAGAACAAUUAUGAUUACUGUUCCCCUCUUGACCAUUAGCUAUAAUAUGAUUUAUCUCUACACUAGCAGAAACUAAUCGAGCUCCUUUUGACCUAACAGAAGGAGAAUCAGAACUCGUAUCCGGCUUUAAUGUAGAAUAUGCAGCAGGACCUUUUGCUUUAUUCUUCUUAGCAGAAUAUGCUAAUAUUAUCAUAAUAAAUAUAUUUACAACCAUCCUCUUCUUAGGAACAUUUCACGACCCCUACAUACCAGAACUAUACACAACAAAUCUUAUUCUCAAAACACUACUACUCACAAUAUCAUUCUUAUGAAUUCGAGCAUCCUACCCACGCUUCCGAUAUGAUCAACUAAUACACCUACUCUGAAAAAAUUUUCUUCCCCUAACACUAGCCCUCUGUAUAUGACACGUGUCAUUACCCAUUAUAACAGCAAGCAUUCCUCCCCAAACAUAA